AUAUUAAUAUAUAUUUCUCCUAUGCCUUACGUGAAUAUAAAUAAUGUACGUGCAUGUGUGGAGAGAGGAGUUAUUUUUGUGAUAAUAAAAUGACCCCCUUCCCCCCACACCCACACCCCCGCAACGCGCAAGCGCUCGGGAUCGUGUGGGAAUGGUCGGUCCGCGAACUGGGGGUUGGACCGCUCCGAGCGAAACCAGAGCAAAAGAGUUUUAAAUGUCCGCCAUGUUGUCUAUGGCGCACUGAACCAAACGAUAAGGGGAGAGCGGAGCGUCGGAAAAAAACAGUCCGAGAGAGAGCGACCAAGAUCCGGGCCUUUUCCUCUCGGCUCCGUUUUGGCGACGCCCUAAAAUACCAAGCUACAACAAUCCAACCGUUAGAACAAGAGAUAUAACCGCACCAGAAACAUCCAUGAACGCUCCACUCGGUACCGUUUUGAGUAUUGGGAGAUCCGAUAGAUUUAUAUUGCAUCUCGAAUUGUGAGGGAUUAAAAUGAGUAAACUGUCGUUUCGGGCACGGGCGCUGGACGCUUCCAAACCGCUACCCGUCUUCCGUUGUGAGGAUUUACCCGACCUACACGAAUAUGCGUCCAUUAACCGGGCCGUGCCACAGAUGCCUACGGGGAUGGAGAAAGAAGAGGAAUCGGAACACCAUCUCCAGCGGGCCAUCUCGGCGCAGCAGGUGUACGGCGAGAAGCGAGACAACAUGGUCAUCCCGGUGCCCGAGGCGGAGAGCGACAUCACCUAUUACGAAUCCCUCUACCCCGGGGAGUUCAAGAUGCCAAAGCAGCUCAUUCACAUACAGCCUUUCAGCUUGGACACAGAGCAGCCCGACUACGACCUCGACUCGGAAGACGAUGCGUUUGUCAACAAGCUGAAGAAGAAGAUGGAGAUCAGCUUCCUGCAGUUUGAGGAGAUGAUUGACCGGCUGGAGAAAGGCAGUGGACAGCAGGCGGUGAGCCUUCCGGAGGCCAAACUGCUGCUGAAGGAGGACGACGAGCUCAUCAAGGAGGUCUUCGACUACUGGAGCCGCAAGAGGAAAACCAGCCGGGCCAACUGUCUCCUCCCCAACGUCAAGCAUGAGAAGCGGGACGGCUCCAGCACCAGCGAUCCCUACGUGGCCUUCCGACGGCGCACCGAGAAGAUGCAGACCAGGAAGAACCGUAAGAACGACGAGGCGUCCUACGAGAAGAUGCUGAAGCUGCGCAGGGAUCUCAGCCGAGCUGUCACCAUCCUGGAGAUGAUCAAGAGGAGGGAGAAGAGCAAGAGAGAGCUGCUGCACCUCACACUGGAGAUCUUUGAGAAGAGAAACGUCAUGUCGGACUACAGCGGGGAGGUCAUGGCCGAGGUGUUGGCUGAGCGGGCGCUGGUGAGGCCGCAGAUCAUUCCCCUGGUCCCAGUCACGAACCAGUACCGACACCAGGACCACAUGGACCUCAAGGACUACAAGUGCAAGCCCGAGAAGACAGAAGUUCCCCGACAGAAGAGGAAGUACGAGAAGAAGCAGAAGGCGUUGCCUCUCUCGUCGGGCGCCCCCCACCAUCCGGGUCCCGUCGUCUUCAACGCCAAGGACCUCAACCAGUACGACUUCCCGAGCUCGGACGACGAGCCCUUCUCCCAGCUGCACUCGGGCUCAUCGGAAGCAGAGGAGGAGAACGACCCCGACGGUGCCUAUGCCUUUCGCAGGAAGGCAGGCUGCCAGUACUACGCUACUCGUCAGGACCGCGUGGGCAGCUGGCCGUGGUGCGGACCCUGGGACGACGGUUUGGCAGAAGCUCGUUUUCGCUACAGUCUCACCACGCUCACCGUGCCGCGGCACUGCCUCGGCAUGGCUCGGCGACGCGUGGGACGAGGCGGCAGGGUGUUGCUGGACAGGGCCUUCACGGACCACGACAACGUUUUCCACGGACUGGACCCAGAAAUGCUCGACCCGCCUCCUCCCCCCUCGCCGCCUCCUCCUCCCACAACUACUUCACGCUCGCCGGCCACCGACAAGUUUGCCAGAACCUCAGAAACAAAUACCUCGGACAGAAGUUCCUCCUCUCGCAACUCCUCUCCCUCUUCCACGGACCUCAGUCAGAUACUGUUGAAUAUAAAGUCGUGCCGAUGGAGGCACUUUAGACCACGGACACUACCACUACACGAGCUGGACAACGCCCACCCGCUAUUCAGGAAGUUGAGUCGAGGCCUGAAGCGACCGAUCUCCUCCACCACAGCUGGAGGUCAGCCGUACGGCUCUCAGCGGCCGUGUGACUCUGAUUUCCAGAUGCGUAACAGACUCUUUGUGUGUCCCUCAGCUUUCACAGCUGAACAGUACCAGCAGCAUCAGGAGCAGCUGGCCCUGAUGCAGAAACAGCAGCUGGAGCAGAUCCAGCUGCAACAGCAAGCCAACAGCACCACCACUACAAACAGCACAAAGGGCCCAGCGAAUACGUUGGACCAGGCCGGUGCUCAGUUCGCCGCCUCGGCCCUCGUCACCGCCGACAAGCUGCUGGCUCUCAAAACCAAGGAGGAGCUAGCCCUGGGAGCCGGAGUCAAUGGCGUCCUCUCCCCCUCAGGUGUCUACAAGGGCUUGCACCUCUCGAGCACAGCGUCCCCCUCCCUGGCUCCACCCACCUCCACCCCGACACCCGCCUUGCUCCACCCCUGCACCACCAGUAACAACAACGGCACCGCCCACACAACCACCACUAACGCCGCCGCCACUCAGGUCCUGCUGGGAAACAACAACAGCCUCCGUCUGGGUGUUCCCACGGGCAAGCGCGUCCACGCCCCCCGGACGCUGAGCGCCGCCAUGUCGACAUCUGCCUUAAAGCUCGCCCACGCGGCCACCGCAACCGCCAACUGUCAGAAACCCAAGAACGCCACGCCCUCGGCCUCGCCGCUGGACAAAGUGCCCAGGGAGAACCACGAACAAGACAAGCCAGCACUGAACAGUCUAUCAGAGAACACAGUGGCCAUGGAGGUCACGUAGCCUCCCGUACGCAGCACGAGGGGGGGGGGUGCCUCCAUCGUUUUUGUUUUAAGGUGCUAUGCAUCGUCCGUUAGUGGUGACGGAACGAGCACAGCAAAGGCUUCUGGGACUUAAUUGCAAUGCUCGUCUCGUACAAAUUUAUUAUUUCCUCCCCCUCUCAACCCAUUUCCCUAUUUGUUACCGUUAAUAAGAGAUUGUAUGUAAAUUCUUAAUAUGGCAAUUAUAUGUACAGUACUGCAUAUUUGUAAUACCCCCCCCCACACUCUCCUUGUUCUUGUAUAUAACAUUACUUGAAUACAGAAUUGUUCAUUUGUGAUGUUUUGCACUCGAGAUAUUGAAAAACAAAAACGACACAAAAAAAAAAAUCAAAAUUAAAAAGAGAGAACGAGAUGAACUGGUGAAGUGUGAGCGUUGAACCACGGUGAUGUCAUCAUCGGAGCUGCUGUCGCAUCUAUUUAUUGUGCCGUGUUUACAAAAAGCUUUCUUUAUUUCUACGUUCAUGUUUCGUUUAAAUCCGUUUUUUCUUUCUUUUUUUUUUUAUACACUGUCACCGGUUCCCCGUGCUGUAGUCGGUGUUUAGAGAGAUUCUUACAAAAGAAAAAGAAAAGGCACAACUCUGUAUUUCUUUUUGUAUGUUGUGAACAUGGCCGUGAGCUCGUCGGGCGUCGUGUUGAGUCCGUGGAGACGUGCGUUCACACAGAUGGAGGCGGUAGAAGAAGAAGACGUCGGGUGUGGAUCUGUUUGUCGGUUAAUCUGUUUCCACAAAGCUCUUCCACACGUUUAAUAUUCCUGAGACGAGUGACAAAACAACGGGGACGAUGACGACUCUUACCCAGAAGACCUUGCUGCUUCUGACUCAUCUAAGCACUAUAUGAUUUACUUUAUUGGUUGAUGCUGCUUUUGUUUGAUUUUCUCAAAGAUACCCCCCCCUAUCAUUUUUAAAAAUAUAUUUUUGUAUCUGUAAAUUGUCCUCACAAAGAGACUUCAUUCUUUUGUUACUUGUUGAUCUUUAAAAAACAACGAAGGGAGUAUAAAAAAAAUGCAGUAACUGACAUCAUUCCAGCUUCUACAUAAAAGGAAGAAAACAUUAACCGAGAAAAAGAAGGAACGGUUUUCUCUACUUUUUAAGAACUCUCCAGAAGGCUGAAAGGCCUCUCACUCAUCGGGUGCCUUCAUUUGGGGGAAAAACAAGAAAAAACCUUUAAAAAAAAAAGUCUCUUCUGUGAAGAGUUUGGUACUGAACAAGGCUACUUGUAGUUUUUCUUUGUCUGUACCACAGUCCCAAUGCCCGCUCCAAUGGCCCCGUUGAUUCAUGAGCUUUUGUUUUUGUAGACCCUUCACACACACACACACACACACACGGGAAGAAUCCUCUUGAAUUGUCAUGAAAUAAAAAUCCAGGGCAUUAUGUUCGCAGCAGCAUGUCUCGUCUUUCUUAAUGUCCUGAAGGGAACCAGCUCAGCCUGCUGGGUCUCUGAGGGAAGAACCGCCGACCAAACCCCGUGAAACGCGUUGGCUGUCAGCCAUACGUUGUUUCGUGUGCGUCUGUUCGGGUAACGAAGGCCGUGAAGGCAGCGCGUGAGCAGGAAAGAUCCUUUUAAAAAUGGCGGAGGUGGCUCGUUAUUUUUGGGUAAUUCAGCUCUCAAGAAGUCCCGACGUUUAACGGGAUCGUUCUGAUUUUUAUGGUGUGAAUUUUACCGAACUAACCGGCGUAGGCAGCGCUGCACCAGCAGACCACAUGUUUCUGCAAACUGUUUUUGUCAAAGGCUUUGAAGACGGCGUAGUUGACCUCUUCAUUUCACCGUCAGAAGCUCUCUGACAGGAGGUGAAAAUAUUCUAAAUACAUAACGUACUUAAACUGAUAUGGAGUUACUUUUUGUAGGUAAAACACUAAUCAACCCCACUUAAAAAUACUAUAUGUUAUUAACUUGUGUAAACCACAGAGCUUUUUCCAGGCAUCUAACCAAAAACCCAUUAAAUGUAUAUAACUUCAAGAUGAGGAAACUAGAAGUGCAAGAAGUGCUGACUCGCUUCUUUUAGGACUAAAUCCUGCUGCACUUUGUUUUCCCUCAAGAUAGAAUACACGAGGCCUUCCUGUUUACUGCAGUUUGACUUGAAUGUCUCCAGAUGUAACGCACACACACACUCUGUGAUGUUGCCUCCUUUCAAUGAUUAUGUUGCUGACGCUGUAACACGCUGUUUCAUUGCCUUAACCUGGUGAUAGUUGGCAACAAACUGGGCUCUGUUUUAAGCCGUGUAGGCGUCUUUAAUGUGCAUAAAUUCAUCAGAGGGUUUAGUGAUUGUAGGUCAAUGAGAUCAAUGAAACAAGUCUUGUUUUCUGAAAUGCUCGUUUCGCCAUCGAGCUGAUUCAGUACUUUAACGAGUGCACUGGCUCCAGCUUGCAUUGCACGCUGCUGCAUUGCAGUAGUCGGCUA